CGCAGAGGUCCAGUACGGAGUCCCCAUAUUGUCCAGUCCUGUCGUAGUUAUACUGGCCUCCACCAUCAACUUACGGGUCAUAUCAACCCGCCUUUCUUUCUCUUCUCUCUUUCAUAAAUAUCGACCAUGGCCGUCGACAGUUCGUAUGACGGCAUUGUCCACGAUUAUUAUUAACUGACUCUCCCCGAAUCGUAUUUCUUCUUUCCUACCAAACCUCAAACCGACUCUCUCCACCAUGGACGACUCCCAGCCGGUGGUGGCCACCCAGCAGGCCAAACGCAAGCAACGGCCAGUCUAUUCAUGUUUACCUUGCCACCAGCGAAAAGUGAAGUGCAACCGGGUGUUACCAUGUAAAUCAUGCUGUUUGCGUGGUCUCCCGGAUGAGUGCACAUUCCCUCGAUCCGCCGAGGAGCAGAACUACAUUAGUCAAUCCGAGUACAUCACCCAGCUGGAAGAGCGAUGUCGGACCUUGGAACGGCGAUUAGCCCAUCUGGAAGCCGUGCGGCAACUGGUGAUGCACCGCGCCAAUGAACCCCCUCGCGAGCAGUCCCAGGACCCUCAUGGGCCUGGUCUGCUCCGAGACGAUGAAAAGGGAAAAGACUCCACCCUUGGACGCGAUGACGACGAUCCCGAUGGCAAACAUGACGCCGACGACGCCGACGACGCCGACAGUGAAGAUAGUGACGAAGUCAAGGUCCCUCUGGAGUGUUCCCCGGGCGCAGCUGUCCUGGACAUCUUCAUCGAACGCCUUAUCGAAGACUGUUGUCCACUCAGCAAGCGUGAGACCGGGCUCAAACGAUUUAUCUUGAGCGAUGCAUCCCAGAUGCGGGGUCGAUCAGAACUUCUGCAGGUCGCCUUUGAGAACACGGCAUUGAUGUUCAUCGGGCGCACCUGGGGCGACCGAGACAUUGAGAUGGCGGGCCAUCGACACAACAUGUACGCGAUUCGCAUGAUGCGCCGGGCGCUUCGGCGGUGUAGUGGCCAACCGGUGCCUUUGGACGUGUUUGUGGCCGCCUUCAUCUUUAUUAUACGCGAGGUGUUCACCGGCGAUAGUAGCGCAUUGAUGAAGCAUUUGCUGGGUGCUGCGCAGCUGUUGCAGUUGCGCAAACCCGAAGAACAUCAAACAGGCAUUGCGCACGCCAUCUUUCUGGACCAUCGCAUCUAUUGGAUCGCUGGCUCAAUUCUUCUCCGGCGCCCCCUGUUUCUGGUCCACCCGGAUUGGAUGAAAGUCCCAUGGGCGCAUAAACCGAAAGAUCUUCUUCACCAGCUGCUGGACAUCGGGGCGGAAGUGCCCUGCUACCUUUCCCAGACGGAGAAAUACCGGGCGGAAUUGGCGUCGGGAAGACUCAACUACGAGGAACUGUUGAAUGGGCAUGGCUCCCCAAGUGACUGGGCCCAAACCCUCGACCGUCGCCUGGAGGACUGGUAUCACCACCACAUCACCCGCUAUCCCCACGGAUCCAUCAUUGAGUCUGACCACAAGCUGGAUGCUUCAUUCCCCAAUUUCGCCUGUCGUCACCCCGACAACGGGCAUACAUUCACUCCCCGGCUCUUGACAUACCCCGACCUCCUGCUGACCACUGUCAUGUGCUACUACUGGGCUCUACGCAUCACCAUCGCCGGUGCUAACCCAACUCCACCCCCUCGCCAUCAGCGGUAUCAAUGGGCUUGCAACAUCUGUCGGAGCUUGGAGGCGUACAUCACCAGGGGACCCCGCUGUUUCAUCUAUCGCAUCCUAUACCCGAUUAUUGUAGCUUACCAGACCUUCGAGCGGGGCUCCAUCGAGCGCUGCUUUGUCGACAAACUCUGUCGUCGCUUGGACGAAUUAUACCAGGUUAAUGUUUUUCUCAACCUCAUGGCCCAGAUCGGCAACACUACGGACCUGCCAGGAAUCUGAUCCUUCUCCUUUUUCUCUCCUUCUGUCUCUUGAUUCGGUCCUCUUGGAAUGGCCCCCACAAUCUCUGAACAUAUUAGCAAUGGCCAUGAAAGAGGCAUGAAUAUGAUACCUGAUCAAUGCUGUAGAUGCUGUUCGUUUUUAUUUCAUUUUUGGCACUAAAUUUAGGCUCUUCUACUUAAUCCUCCCUCCCGCUCUUUUUUUUCUUUCUGCUCUUCAUGUUGGUUCUUCUUUUCUCCUUUUUUCAGUGUUUUCAUUGAGGAGAGUGGAGCGUUUUGGCUUGGGGUCGGCCGAGGGAGUCUGCGAGUAUUUGUCAUGGCAUGGUUUGGAGCGAUCUAGACCGGGCUUUCUAAUCGUGAUGCACCACUGUCACCCUGAGUUCUUACUGAAAAUUCAUCAAGGCAUUAAGAGGUCAGCAUGCAAAGGAGUUGUGGGC